AUGGCGGAGGAAAAGAAGAAAAAAGAAGAACGGGAAGAAGAUCCUUGUUCGGCCUUUGUCGGGCGGUACGUGAUCAAGACGAUGCGCCUGAAGGACGAAAAAUGGCAGAAGCUGAUCGGUAACGAGGAACUCCGGACGAUCGUGAUGGACUGGGUGCUGCAGCCGGCCGUGAUGAAGCUGUUCGUUACGCUGAACAACGCGGCCGCCCUAGUGCCCAGCUAUCACUAUGCGUCGAACGCCAAGGGCAAGAUAUGCUACUUUGUGAAAAUCUCAGAGCAAGCAUUGGAGAUUGGGAAAAUUCGUGAGCAAAUUAUUUACGGUGACCUGACACCAAACCCCAUAGAUGAUCUGUCCAUUUUGGUCGAUGAAAUAUUCUAUCCAAUGAUCAACAACCCCCAAAACCAGGAAGGGUGGCCUACAGCGAUCGUCAAGGACAUCGACAGUCACGUGCAAGAGCUGCGGAAUAUUAUUUCGGAGGUGAAAGGCAACAUCAUAAAUCAAACGUUGCUGCCGAUGCCAAUUUCCAUCGACAAUAUCAUGCAGGUUGGCGAGGAGGUCCUUCAAGGGAACGUUGAUGCAUGCACGUUGAAAAUGAAAAACUCACUCGAAGGCAUCGUAAUUAAAUGGGCGUGUCAGAUAAACGAUGUGCUGAAGGAGGACUCUUCGCUUGCGUUCAAGGACGGCCGACACCCGACGCCCGCGGAGGAGAUUACCUUCUGGGAAGCGAGGCAGAAAAAUUUGCGCAACAUUUACAGCCAGCUGACCGAACCCAAGUCGCGGCAGAUUGGCAUCAUUUUGGAAGGCAUCGACUCCGUGUACGCCACAUCGUUCAAGUCCACUUUCCGGAGUGUCGUGCAAGCGGUGCACGAGGCCGACGAUAUAUCGCUGUACCUGAAACCCUUGCGAAAAACUUUUGACACCUUCGAAAACACCGAUUUCGUCGAUUCGGGCGAACUGGUCUCUCCGAUGCUGCACCUCGUGUGCUUGGUGUGGGCCAACUCCUGUUACUACGGUACCAACGCACGGAUGGUGAUUUUGUUCAAAAUGAUUAGCAACAUGCUGAUGGCGGAAGCUUCCAAAUCGCUCGACCCGGGCUCGCUGUUCCAGGGAGAGGUAGACGAGUGUCUGAUCAAAAUCAGUUCCAUCAUCGAGAUUUUGGAAUUUUACAAGAGCGAAUUCAACGAUUUCCGAUCCCGGCUGGCGGAUUUUGCGAAACCGAACACCCAGCCCAUCUACUGGACGUUCCGACCGCGGGACAUCUUCCAGCGCCUCGACUCCUACAUCGUGCGGCUAAACGAAAUCAAAGACAUAUUCAACACGGCGAACGAGUUUAAAAAGUUGGAAAAAGUGGAAAUCGGUGGCUUGCGGGGGCGUGCGAUAAGCCGCAAGAUACAGGAAAUCUAUGACGACUACCACAAGCUGUACCAGCGCUGGGGCUCGAUUCAGUACGAUCCGCUCGAUCCGGAUCCACGAGAAAAGAGCUUCGACAAGGAUAAGCUGAGGUACCUGGAAAAAGCUAGCGUCCUGGAGCGACGCCUUGCGGCUCAGUUUGUGCUGGCGUUCGAGGAGUGCUGCAAUGUAGAACAGCUGAUGAAGCUGGUCCAGGUGCUGGGCAGCCUGCUCACGCGCCGCCUUAUUCAACCGGACGUGGCGAGACAAAUAUCGAGCAUCGUGGACUUGUUCGAGGACGAUCUGUGCACGGUGGAUGCGAUCUUCGAGAAGGGUGAAGAUGACUUCAACCAAAGGGGCCUGGAAGGGAUUCCUAUCGACGAAGGGUUUCCACCGGUCGCUGGAGCCAUUGCGUGGGUACACAAGCUGCGGGACCGUGUACACAAACCCAUCACUGAGCUGGCCAUGAUCGAGCUCCCAAUAUUCGAACACGAGAAAGGCAGGCGCGUGCUGCACCAUGCGGAGCGGACGAAAGAACGGCUGGCCGAGUUCGAACAGAACCUCUUCACAUCCUGGGUGGCCGAUGUUACGAACCAUAUUGAACAUUUUAUGAGCAAAUCGCUGCUCAAUCGAACCCAACCACGACUGCUGGAGAUGAACUUCAAUCAGGUGCUGGUUACCAUCAUGACGGAAGUGCGAUAUCUGAAGUGCAUGGGCGUGAUGGACAUCCCGGAAGCGGCCCUUCACUACUACGCAGCCGGAGAAGCGCUUUGGGCAGCGCGAAUGAAGCUAUCUCGCAUCGUCGAGUGGUACAACGAGAUUCACCAGAACUGUGCACCGUGCGAGUUCGAGUUGAUACAGAAAGAAAUCGACGAAAUCGACACCAUCGUAGCGGAAGGUUGCUCUGGCCUUAUCGAUUGGAAUAACUUUCAGCAGACGUUCAUCGAUGAGCUGUAUAACAAAUUGUACAAUCUGCAUUCGCGAGUUCGGCAGGCGCAGGCGAAUGUGAACAAGAUUCAGACCAGCAUUCGUAGCUGGGGAAGGACACCGCUCUACGAACGGUUGAACGGAGAUACCGGUGCGUUGAUCAAUAUCGAAAACAGGGCACUAAUUGUGCAGCGGCGUCUCGAAGCGUGCCUGGAAACGAAGAAACUGAUCGAUAAGGUGAUGGACGAAAACUUCAAACUGUAUUUCGAUUAUCUCGUGGCGUUGUCAGAAGAAAAACUCAGCAUGGCUGGGUCCGGUUCGGAACAUAGGGGCAGUACAACUCCAACGCCGUCGAGGCUCGAACAGCAGGAACCACAGCCAGGCAUGGUUGCUGAUACUCCGGAGAUGGACGAAGAACAGUCAGCGGCCGACACACUGGAUGACGUACCGUCGCUGGAACAGUCUGAGCUAGCGAAGAACAUGUGGCAGCUGGAAAUAUUUCGCCCUUACGAAGAGCACGUCGAUUCGAUAGUGUCGAAAGAAAUCAUGGACGCGGUGAACCUUAGUGUGAAGUACAUCAAGCAAGAGAUGGAAAACCGUCUCCAGCAUAAUGCGCCAAUCUUCGAGAUCAAGUACCAACUACAUCCACCGGACACACAGUUCAGCCCUUCGCUGGACCCGUACGAUCCGGAGGGGUUCUUUGCGUUGGUUGAGAGCAUGAUCACCGACGCCUACUGCAUGUCAGACAUGAUACCGCGCGUAGCACAGCCAGCGGAGAGCGAACGGACCGAUGAUGAUGGAAGCAUCUAUCUGGCCACGUACAUCUCUCAUCUAGCCAAUAAUGAUGCAAUCGAGCGUAUGAAACAUUCGAUCAUGCUCAUGGUGAUCCAGUCGACCAGGGACGCGGAAAAGUACGUCAAGCAGUUCGACAACUACAACUAUCUGUGGCUCGACGAUAGGGACAGUGUUUUGGCGCAGUUCUUGAAGUAUGGGCGACCACUCACACAGGACGAAAUGGAAAUGCUGCUAUCGGCCGACACUCCGCUCCGGGAAGUGGCUCCUACGUUGGAGCAGUUCAAGGCCCAGAUCGACAGCUACAUUGAUUUGUUCGACGAGGUGUACCAAACGGAGAUCUCGCACGUUUUCGACACUUGGCUGAAUGUAGACUUUCGGCACUUCAAGCAAAAGCUGCUCCACGAGAUCGGCAAAUGGUCUAACGCGUACAAGCAAACGUUGAUCGACCGGGUGGUGGGCAGCCUGAAGGAACUGGAAGAGUUCACCCUAGAGUGCGAUCGAGUGCUGGGGCUCGAGGCAGCAGAAGAAGACUUUCCCACGCUGCUAAAAAUUCUGUCCAUUCUCAACAAAAUCAAGGAACGUGAAGCGGCUACGGACAAUAUGUUCGACCCACUGAAGGCAACCGUAGAUCUGCUCAAAACCUACAACGUGGAGUUCAACGAAACCGUCUACAAGCAGUUCACGGAGCUGCCCGAGCGCUGGUUGCACACGAAGAAAACGGCACAGAAAGUGCGCGAAAAGAUUGCUCCGGCGCAAGCGUACCAAGUGGACCUGAUCCGCAAGCGCAUCAGUUUGUUCGACAUUCGUAUGAAGCUUUACCGGGAUGGUUUCAAGAAGCUACCGUGCUUCAAGGUGCCCAGUAAGGAUGUGUACGAAAUAUGCGACCAAGUGCAUCUGGAACUCAACAUCAUGGAGACGCAGCUGAAGAAUCUGACGGAUUCGGCCUCACUGUUCGAGCUAAGUCCACCCGAUGAUACGAAGCUCCGCCUGUGCCGGAAGGAGGUCAAGAUGUUGAAGCAAAUCUGGGACUUUGUCUACAGCGUCGAAUCGUGCGUGAACGACUGGAAGAAGACGUCCUGGAAGAAAAUCGACGUCGAGGCAAUGGAUGUAGAGUGCAAAAACUACGGCAAACAGAUACGUCAACUGGACAAAGACAUGCGUAACUGGGCACCGUACGUGCAUCUGGAGGGAAUACUGAAGAACCUGAUGACAUCGCUUCGCGCCAUCACGGAGCUGCAGAAUCCGGCCAUAAGGGAGCGCCAUUGGUUUGAGCUUAUGCAUGCCACAAAGCUGAUUCAAACCUAUGGAAAGGAAAUGCUGGUUCGCUUCCAAAUGGUCGACUCCACCACCCUUGCCGAUUUGCUCGAACUCAAUCUGCACAACUACGAAGAGGAGGUGAAGACGAUCGUCGAUAAAUCGGUGAAGGAGAUGGCGAUGGAGAAGAUGCUGAACGACCUGGAGGUAGCCUGGAAGGACCUGGCGUUCGAGUUCGACCCGCACGAGCGGACCAACCUGAAGCUGCUGAAAGUGUCGGAAGAAGUGAUCGAAAUGCUGGAAGAGAAUCAAGUGCAGUUGCAGAACCUCCUGUCGUCGAAGUACAUUGCGUUCUUCCUCGACCAAGUGUCCAGCUGGCAGUUGGCACUGUCCAACGCGGACCAGGUCAUUACCGCCUGGUUCGAGGUGCAGCGCAAGUGGAUGUACCUCGAGAGCAUCUUCAUCGGCUCGGAGGACAUUCGGAACCAGCUGCCGGAGGACUCGAAACGUUUCGACAACAUCGACCAGGAGUUCAAGACGCUGCUCGCUGAAAUCGUCGCCCGACCCAACAUCGUCCGGUCGACCAACCGGGCGGGGUUGUACGAGAAGCUAGAGGGACUGCUCGAACAGCUCAUCCUGUGCGAGAAAGCGCUGAACGAUUACCUGGAAACGAAACGCCUGGCCUACCCGCGGUUCUACUUCGUGUCGUCGGCCGAUCUGCUGGACAUCCUUUCGAACGGUAACCAGCCCGAGCUGGUGGCGAAACAUCUGACCAAAUUGUACGACUCAAUAGCGAAGCUCCGGUUCGACACGGGCUCGUCCCGGACGGCCGUCGGAAUGAUAUCGAAAGAGAACGAAGAGUUUGUCGCGUUCAAGGACCCGUGCGACUGCAGUGGCAAGGUGGAAAUUUGGCUCAAUCGCGUCACCGACUCCAUGCGGCUCACGCUCCGGGACCUGUUCGAGCAGGCCGUCGCGGCAUACGAAGAGAAGCCCCGUGACGUCUGGACGCUGGACUGGCCGGCCCAGCCAGCCCUCUGCGCGACCCAAAUCUGGUGGACGACGGAGGUGAACGUGGCGUUCGGCAAACUGGAGGAGGGUUACGAGAACGCGCUCAAGGACUACCAGAAGAAGCAAAUCCUCCAGCUGAACGCUCUGAUCGUGCGUCUGUGCGGGGACCUCAGCCAGGGCGUUCGCCAGAAAAUUAUGACCAUCUGCACGAUCGACGUGCACUCGCGGGACGUCGUGGCCAAAAUGAUCCAGCAGAAGGUCGAAUCGGGACUGGCGUUCCAGUGGCAGAGCCAGCUGCGCCACCGCUGGGACGACACCCAGCGGGACUGCUUCGCCAACAUCUGCGACGCCCAGUUCCGGUACGACUAUGAGUAUCUGGGAAAUACGCCGCGCCUGGUGAUCACCCCGCUCACGGACCGUUGCUACAUCACCCUGACGCAGUCUCUGCAUCUCAUAAUGGGGGGUGCACCGGCUGGACCGGCUGGUACCGGGAAAACCGAAACCACCAAGGAUCUCGGCCGUGCGCUCGGCAUCAUGGUGUACGUGUUCAACUGUUCCGAGCAGAUGGAUUACAAGUCGUGUGGUAACAUCUACAAGGGAUUAUCGCAAACCGGCGCAUGGGGUUGCUUCGACGAGUUUAAUCGCAUCUCGGUCGAGGUGCUGUCGGUCGUCGCCGUGCAGGUCAAAUCGAUCCAGGACGCCAUCAAGGGCGGCAAAAAGUAUGCAACCCUUAGCGAUAGCAAGGGGAAGAAAACCGUGUUUAACUUCAUGGGCGAAACCAUCUCGCUGGUGCCGAGCGUGGGAAUUUUCAUCACCAUGAAUCCUGGCUACGCCGGCCGAACGGAGCUGCCGGAGAACCUGAAGGCGCUGUUCCGCCCAUGCGCGAUGGUCGUCCCGGACUUUGAGCUUAUCUGCGAAAUCAUGCUGGUGGCCGAGGGUUUCCAGGAGGCGCGGCUGCUGGCCCGUAAGUUUAUCACGCUCUACACGCUGUGCAAGGAGCUGCUCUCGAAGCAGGACCAUUACGAUUGGGGCCUGCGGGCGAUCAAGUCGGUGCUAGUCGUCGCCGGCUCGCUGAAGAGAAGUGACCGCGAUCGACCCGAGGACCAAGUGUUGAUGCGCGCACUGCGAGAUUUUAACAUUCCGAAAAUCGUAACGGACGAUGUGCCGGUGUUUAUGGGACUGAUCGGGGACCUGUUUCCAGCGCUCGAUGUGCCACGAAAGCGGUUCCCCGAUUUCGAGAAGCUCAUCAGACGCUCGACCCAAGAGAUGAAACUACAACCGGAGGACAGUUUCACCUUGAAGGUUGUUCAGCUGGAGGAGCUGUUCGCGGUGCGACAUUCCGUGUUUAUCGUCGGCAAUGCGGGCACCGGAAAAACGCAGGUUUGGAAAGCGCUGUUCAAGACGUACCAGAACCAGAAGCGGAAGCCACACUUCAACGACCUCAACCCGAAGGCGGUGACGAACGACGAGCUGUUCGGCAUCAUCAACCCGGCCACGCGCGAGUGGAAGGAUGGGCUGUUCUCGGUGCUCAUGCGCGAUCAGGCGAACAUGCCCGGUACGGGCCCGAAGUGGAUUGUGCUGGACGGGGACAUUGAUCCGAUGUGGAUCGAGAGCCUGAACACGGUCAUGGACGACAACAAGGUUCUGACGCUGGCGAGCAACGAGCGGAUAGCGCUGACGAAGGAGAUGCGACUGCUGUUCGAGAUCUCCAACCUCCGGACGGCGACACCGGCGACGGUGUCACGGGCCGGCAUUCUGUACAUCAACCCGCAGGACCUCGGCUGGAACCCGUUCGUUGCGUCGUGGAUCGACUCGCGGGAAACGCAGGCCGAGAAGGGCAUCCUGUCGGUGCUGUUCGACAAGUACAUUCCGCCGCUGAUGGAUGCGCACCGGCGGUUCAAAAAGAUUACGCCCAUCUCGGAGAUUGCGAUGAUCCAGAUGACCUGCCACCUGCUGGACUGCCUGCUGACGCCCCAGAAUCUGCCGCCCGAGUGUCCGAAGGAGUGGUACGAGAUCUACUACGUGUUCGCCGUCAUCUGGGGCUUCGGGUCGGCGCUGUUCCAGGACCAGCUGGUCGACUGGCGGAACGAGUUCCACAAGUGGUGGGUCAACGAGUUCAAAGCGAUUCGCUUUCCGCCCGGCGGCACGAUCUUCAGCUACUACAUCGAUCCGGAGACGAAGAAGUUUAACCCGUGGACCGACCUCGUGCCGACGUUCGAGCUGGACACGGACAUUCCGCUGCAGUCGAUGCUGGUACCGACCACUGAGACGACGCGUUUGCGCUGGUUCAUGGACAUUCUGAUCGAACAGAAACACCCGGUCAUGCUGGUCGGGGGUGCCGGGUCCGGCAAGAGCGUCAUCGUCGCCGACAAGCUCGGUAGCCUGUCUUACAAGUACGCCGUCACGAAUGUGCCGUUCAAUUUCUACACAACCUCCGAGAUGCUGCAGCGAGUGCUGGAGAAGCCGCUCGAGAAGAAAGCCGGCCGGAACUACGGUCCGCCGGGAAGCAAGACGAUGGUCUAUUUUGUGGACGACAUGAAUAUGCCCGAGGUCGAUACGUACGGCACCGUGCAACCACACACGCUGAUCCGCCAGUUCAUGGACUACCGCCAUUGGUACGAUCGGGCCAAGCUGUCGCUCAAGGACAUACACAACUGUCAGUUUGUGUCGUGCAUGAACCCCACGGCCGGUUCCUUCACGAUCGACCCGCGUCUACAGCGCCAUUUCUGCGUGUUUGCCGUCAGCUUCCCGACCGGUGACCCGCUCUAUCACAUCUACUACUCCGUCCUGUCGCAACAUCUGGCCAACCCACUGAACAAGUUCAACCUGGCCACCCAGAAGAUCUGUGCCGCGCUCGUGGCCUGCGCACUGACGCUGCACACCAAAAUGGGCCAAAUGUUUCUGCCCACGGCCGUCAAGUUCCACUACGUGUUCAAUCUGCGCGAUCUGGCCAACAUCUUCCAGGGGAUGCUGUUCGGGAAUGGAGAAACCUGCCACGAACCGAACCAGCUGAUACGGUUGUGGGCCCACGAGGCGACCCGGGUGUACGGCGACAAGCUGGUCGAGGAGCGGGACAUGGACAACUUCAACAAGCUCAUCGUGGACGUGGUGAAGAAGUCGUUCGAAGACAUCGACGAGUCGAGGGUGUUUUCCAAACCCAUCAUCUAUUCGCACUUUGCCGAGGGUCUCACCGAUCCCAAGUACAUGCCGGUGGCGAGCUGGGAGUCGCUCAGCAGAACCCUGGAGGAGGCGCAGUCGAACUACAACGACAUGAUCGGUGCCAUGAACCUGGUGCUGUUCGAAGACGCCAUGAGUCACAUCUGUCGAAUCAGUCGCAUCCUGGAAGGGCCACGGGGGAACGCGCUGCUGAUCGGUGUAGGCGGAUCGGGCAAGCAGUCCCUGUCGCGGCUCGCCGCGUUCAUCUCGGGCUUGGAGGUGUUCCAGUUGCAGCUGCGAAAAGGCUACAGCAUGGCGGACCUGAAGGCUGACCUGGCGGUGAUGUACAUGAAGUCGGGUGUCAAGAACGUACCGUCCAUGUUCCUUAUGACCGACGCGCAGGUGGCGGAGGAGUCGUUUCUGGUGCUGAUCAACGAUCUGCUGGCAUCGGGUGAAAUCCCGGAGCUGUUCCCGGAGGACGAAAUCGACAACAUCAUCAACGCGCUGCGCAACGAAGUGAAGCAGCUGGGCAUGCUGGACUCGAAAGAAAACUGUUGGAAGUACUUCAUCGAUAAGGUGCGCAAGUCGUUGAAGCUGGUCCUGUGCUUCUCGCCCGUCGGCUCCACGCUCCGGGUACGGGCGCGCAAGUUCCCGGCCAUCGUCAACUGCUCCGCCAUCAACUGGUUCCACGAGUGGCCCAAAAAAGCCCUCGAAUCCGUGUCGACGCGGUUCCUAUCCGAGGUGGAAGUACUGCCGCCGGAGCUCGUCGAACCGAUUGCAGUGUUUAUGUCAUACGUACACGGCACAGUCAACGAAAUGUCACAGACCUACCUGCAGAACGAGCGUCGCUACAACUACACCACACCGAAGUCGUUUCUCGAGCUGAUUUCGCUCUACGCCAAACUGCUUACCGAUAAGACGCUCGAGCUCCACGAGCGCAUCCACCGGUUGGAGAGUGGCAUCCUGAAGCUGGCCGAGUGUGCCAAGCAGGUGGACUCGCUCCAGCUGCAGCUGGCCGAUCAGGAGAUCGUGCUGAAGGGCAAAAACGAGGAAGCGGACAAGCUGAUCAAGGUUGUGGGUGCCGAAAACGAGAAGGUCCAGAAGGAGAAGAACAUUGCCGCCGAGGAAGAGAUGAAGGUGCGCGUAAUCGAGGAGGACGUCGGGGCGAAGGCGAAAAUCUGCGAGGAAGAUCUGCGCAAAGCCGAACCCGCCCUGCUGGCGGCCCAGGAAGCGCUCGAUACGCUCGACAAGACGAACCUGACCGAGCUGAAGUCGUUCGGGUCGCCGCCCGAUGCCGUGGUGAACGUGUGCGCGGCCGUCCUGGUGCUGUUCUCGCCGAAGGGCAAAAUCCCGAAGGACCGCAGCUGGAAGUCGUGCAAACUGAUCAUGAACAAGGUGGACGUGUUCCUGAACGAUCUCAUCUACUACGACAAGGAGCACAUCCACCCGGACGUGAUCAAGGCGUUGCAGACGUACCUGAGAGAUCCCGAGUUCGACCCGGACAAGAUACGGGCGAAGUCGAUCGCGGCGGCCGGUCUCUGCGCCUGGGUCAUCAACAUCCACAAGUUCUACGAGGUGUACCAGGUGGUGGAACCGAAGCAGCGGGCCCUGAACGAGGCGCAGAGCGAGCUGAAGGCGGCCCAGGAUAAGCUGAUGGAGCUGACGUCGAAGAUCACGGAGCUGGAGGAGAAGCUGAGCGUGAUCGAGGCGGCGUUCAACAAUGCGCUCGCCGAGAAGCAAAAGUGUCAGGACGAGGCCGACAAGACCGCCUUUACCAUCGAUCUGGCGCAUCGUUUGGUGAACGGACUGGCAUCGGAGAAUGUGCGCUGGCGGGAAUCGAUAGCCACGCUCAAGGGUCAAACGGUGACCCUGCCCGGCGAUGUGCUAUUGAUUGCCUGCUUUAUCAGCUAUGUCGGUUGCUUCACCAGGCGAUACCGCGUCGAGCUGCAGGAAAAACUGUGGAUUCCCACGUUCCGCAUGUCGCGACCGAUGAUACCGUUCACGGAAGGUGUCGAUCCACUCAGUUUGAUCUGCGACGACGCCAUGAUCGCGUCCUGGAACAACGAGGGGCUACCGUCCGACCGGAUGUCGGCCGAGAACGCCACCAUCCUAACCUACUCCUCGCGCUGGCCGUUGAUGAUCGAUCCGCAGCUGCAGGGCAUUAAGUGGAUCAAGCAAAAGUACGGCGAAGACCUGACGAUCCUGCGGCUCACGGGCCGUGGCUAUCUUGACACGAUCGAGCGAUGCGUGGUGCACGGGAAGAUACUGCUGAUAGAGAACAUCGGCGAAACGGUGGACGCCGUGCUCGACCCGCUGCUUGGUCGGAUGCUCGUCAAGAAGGGGCGCUGUUUGCGGAUGGGCGAGAAGGAAAUCGACUACAAUCCGGCGUUCCAGUUGAUCCUCCAAACCAAGCUGGCCAACCCACACUACAAGCCGGAAAUGCAGGCCCAGACGACACUCAUCAACUUCACCGUCACCCGGGACGGGCUCGAGGAGCAGCUGCUGGCCGAGGUGGUCAAGGCGGAGCGGCCGGAUCUGGAGAAGCAGAAAGCGGACCUGACGACCGAGCAGAACAGCUUCAAGAUCACGCUCAAGCUGCUCGAGGACGAUCUGCUCAGCCGGCUGUCGUCCGCGGGCGAGAACGUGCUCGAGGACGCCUCGCUGGUGCUGAACUUGGAGAAAACGAAAAAGACCGCGGCCGAGGUGGAGGUGAAGGUACGCGAAAGCAGGAAAACCUCCGAACAGAUCGAUGUGGCGCGUGAGAGCUACCGGACCGCCGCCGAGCGGGCUUCGAUUCUGUACUUCAUUCUGAACGACCUCCACAAGAUCAAUCCGAUCUAUCAGUUCUCGCUGAAGGCGUUCACCACCGUCUUCAAGGAUGCGAUCGGCCAGACACCGCACGCGGACAAGCUGAAGGAGCGGGUCGCCAAUCUGAUCGAGUCGAUCACCUUCGCCGUCCACAUGUACACCACCCGGGGCCUGUUCGAGAAGGAUAAACUGAUCUUCAUGGCCCAAAUGGCCAUCCAGAUCCUGCUGCAGGCAAAGGAGAUCGAUCCGACCGAGCUGGACUUCCUGCUGCGCUUUCCGUACACGCCCAACUUGACCUCCCCGUUCGACUUCCUGUCGAACAGUGGCUGGGGCGGCAUCAAAGCGCUGGCCAACAUGGACGAGUUCCGGGCCCUGGAUAAGGACAUCGAGGGCUCGGCCAAGCGGUGGCGCAAACUGGUCGAGUCGGAGUGCCCCGAGCGGGAAAAGAUGCCGGGCGAGUGGAAGAACAAGAACGCGCUGCAACGGCUCUGCAUCAUGCGCUGCUUGCGCCCGGAUCGGAUGACGUACGCGAUGCGGGUGUUCGUCGAGGAGAAGCUCGGCGCCCGCUACGUGGAGGCUCGAGCGAUCGAGUUUGCCAGAUCGUUCGAAGAGAGCAGCGCGAGCACCGCAGUGUUCUUCAUCCUGUCGGCCGGCGUCGACCCGCUGAAGGACGUCGAGAAGCUGGGCAAGAAGAUGAAGUACUCGGGCGACUACGGAAACUUCUACAACGUGUCCCUCGGCCAGGGCCAGGAGGUGGUUGCCGAGGCCGCCAUGGAUGUAGCGUGCAAGGAGGGCCACUGGGUGAUCCUGCAAAACAUUCAUCUCGUCGCCAAGUGGUUGCCGACGUUGGAGAAGAAAAUGGAGGCAACGCAGGAAGGUGCCCACGAACACUAUCGGCUGUUCAUCAGUGGCGAACCGGCACCGUCGGCCGAGUACCACAUCAUCCCGCAAGGGAUCCUGGAGUCGGCCAUCAAGAUCACCAACGAGCCGCCGACGGGCAUGAUGGCGAACGUGCACAAGGCGCUGGACAACUUCAACCAAGAGACGCUCGAGAUGUGUGGAAAGGAGGCCGAAUUUAAGGCUAUCCUUUUUUCGCUCUGCUACUUCCACGCAGUCGUUGCCGAGCGCCGCAAGUUUGGUCCCCAGGGCUGGAACCGGGUGUACCCGUUCAACGUGGGCGACCUCACCAUCAGCGUGUACGUGCUGUACAACUACCUCGAGGCGAACAACCGAGUGCCGUGGGAAGACUUGCGGUACCUCUUCGGGGAGAUCAUGUACGGUGGCCACAUCACGGACGACUGGGAUCGGCGGCUGUGCCGUACGUACCUGGAAGAGUUCAUGCAACCCGAGCUGGUCGAUGGAGACCUAAACCUGUGCUCCGGAUUUCCGGCUCCACCCAAUCUGGACUACAUCGGGUACCACAGCUACAUCGACGACAAUCUGCCGUCCGAGUCGCCCUAUCUCUAUGGGCUACAUCCGAACGCGGAAAUAGGCUUCCUGACGACCCUGUCGGAGCAAGCGUUCAAGACGAUAUUUGAGCUGCAACCGCGGGAUUCGGGAGCCUCCAGCGGCACCGCCAUCAGCCGCGAGGACGUGGUGAAGAACAUUAUCGACGAGUUUCUGGACAAGCUGCCGGAAGAGUUCAACAUGGUGGAGCUGAUGGCCCGGGUCGAGGAUAGGACCCCGUUCAUCAUCGUGGCCUUCCAGGAGUGCGAACGGAUGAACAUUCUCGUGCGUGAGCUGAAGCGAUCGCUUCGCGAGUUGCUGCUCGGGCUGAAGGGCGAGCUGACCAUCACGACCGAUAUGGAAACCCUCGAGGGGGCCCUGUUUUUCGACCAGAUACCGGACAACUGGACCAAGCGGGCCUACCCGUCCAUGUACGGGCUGCAGUCCUGGUUCGCCGAUUUGCUGAUGCGCAUCAAGGAGCUGGAGGCGUGGUCGAACGACUUCAAUCUUCCGCCGUCGGUGUGGCUGGCAGGGUUCUUCAACCCCCAGAGCUUCCUGACCGCCAUCAUGCAGCAGACCGCGCGCAAGAACGAGUGGCCGCUGGACAAGAUGUGUUUGGCCUGCGACGUGACCAAAAAGUGGAAAGAGGAUUUUAGCGCGCCCCCCCGAGAAGGCGCCUACGUCAACGGGCUGUUCAUGGAGGGUGCACGGUGGGACGUGAACGUCGGUUCGAUUGCCACCUCCCUGAUGAAGGAGCUGUUUCCGCAGAUGCCUGUCAUCUACAUCAAAGCGAUCACGGCCGACAAGCAGGACACGAAAAACAUCUACGAGUGCCCGGUGUACAAAACACGAAUUCGCGGACCUACCUACGUGUGGACGUUCAAUUUGAAGACCAAGGAAAAACCCGCCAAGUGGACGCUCGGCGGCGUGUGCCUGUUGCUGCAAGUUUGA